AUGGCAGCAAUAAUAUUGCAAUGCAUCCUAUCACUUGGCUUCUUCCUUGCUUGCGUUUGCGUUAAUGCCGCAGGGAAAUCAAAUGGCUUGACCAUGGAACUCAUCCAUGUCGACUCCCCGGCAUCACCUCUCUAUCCGGGCAAUAUUUCUUAUGAAGAAGAAAUCCAAAGACUCAUAGAUCGAUCCAUUGCCCGAGCUCAACACCUUCAUUACACCUUAGCAUCCCUCGGCAACAAUAAUGUGUCACAAACUAUAAUCAACCCUCUUGACAUUCGUCCGAAACUCGAAUUUCACCCUUACGGCUCCUACCUUGUACAAGUUGGGAUUGGGACUUUUGAUGCACCUUUCCCGGCAAGGUCAUUCAAUACAUACUACUUGUACACCGACACUGGAAGCACCCUCACAUGGGCGCUGUGCGAGGAUUGUCUCAAGCCUGGAAACAAAUGCUUUCAAACCAAAGAACCCCCUUUCCCUAACAGCAAGUCCAAAUCUUAUGUUGCUCUCUGUUGCAAUCAAAACCCGUUUUGCAAGACAGGCCAAUGCACCGGUCCUUACUGCUCCCAGCACGAUGAGUACAUGGGCGGCACCGUUGUCAAUUCUAUUCUUUCAGCUGAAGAUUUCAACUUUUUGUCAAGCAGUGGGCAGCCACUGAUGAUUCCAGGCGUAGUGUUUGGUUGUGCUUAUGACGCCAGGAAAAUCAGUUUUGGAAGGCUGGAAGAGUUCAAGGUUGCAGGAAUAUUGGGUUUGGGAUAUGCUCCGAUUUCCUUUCCACUGCAACAAUCCUAUCAAACUGGUAAAGUAUUCUCAAUGUGCCUAACACGCCGAAGAGAGAUCCAAACAUAUCUCAGAUUUGGUAAGGACGUCCCCACACCACCAGGUGGUCUGCGUGUCACCAAAUUAGUGUUGUUCAAAGACAUACCAUAUUACUACGUCAAUCUGUUGGGCAUAAGUGUGCAUGGACAACAGCUUCUCAUAGACCCAAAUGUGUUUGCUGUACGAAAUCAGGGCACAAGUGGCGGCUGCUUCAUGGACAAUGGUAGCUCAUUUACUUUUCUCAUCAGGCCUGCUUUUAAUGCUGUGGUUCAGUUUCUGGGGAUGUAUUUCAUGCGCUUUCCUCGCUUUUUAAGGGGUGGUAGGCCUCUUGGCCCCCCUUUUGAAUUUUGCUACAAAUGGAUGACGCCGUUGCCACCUCUGCCUACUUUGACAUUUCACUUUGAAAAUGCUGACCUUGUGAUCAACCCAGAGGACUUAUUCAUAAAGUCGAAUGCUGCUCAGCAGGGGAACUAUCUCUUAUGUUUGGCCUUCAUCGCCGACGAUGCUCGUACUAUUCUUGGAUCAGUGCACCAAUCCAAUUACUUAUUCAUAUAUGACCUUAACCAGAAGCUGUUGAAGUUUGCUCCUGAGGAUUGUUCUAAGAAUUCUUGA